AAAAAAAGUCAAAAGGACACAAAAAUUCCACUCUGGAUUACAUUUGCAACGUCCCACACACCAAUCUGCUCCUUGGAUGCGCAUUUAUUUACGGAUUCAUGCGGUCGCAAAUUUGUGGAUUUAUCAAUAGUUGAAGCUGGUGGCUGAGGUGAGGUAAGGAGAGGUGUGUUCGGAAGAGUGAAACCAUGUGGCUUCUCUGCUCCUCUCUGACUCUGCUGGCCCUCAGCUUGGGAUCAUGUGACACGCUGACAUCAGAGACAGAUGUUCUAUGUCCGUCCAUACAAGUGGAUGAGUGGAAGUUUCCUCAGACAGCCAGGCACAAUAUCACUGGUUUUAAUGUGGUGAGGCGAUUCUCCCUGCUUAAGAGUCCUGAUGUCAAGAAGAUCCGCAACCCUCGAGGACCCGUCAUCCUCCGCCUGGGCAAGACUGCACUCCUACGCCCCACCGAUCAGGUGUUUCCUCAUGGUUUACCUGAGGAGUUCACCCUGAUCUUCACCCUGGCGUUAAAGAAGGCUGCCCUGAGGGAAACCAUCUACCUCUUCCAGAUAUCUGAUCAGCAGGGAUACCCACAGCUCUCUGUAGAUCUCAACGGCCCCGAUGGCACCCUGUCCCUGAGAGCCAAAGGGGUAGACCCUGGAGCUGAAGUGGUGAGUUGCGUUUUCUCCGGGGAGGGUGUAGAGUCCCUGAUGGACCUGCGCUGGCACAAGGUGGCCAUCAGCGUGCAACAAGGGGCCGCCUCCCUCCAUGUGGACUGCAGCUCCAUCGAGACAAAACCCCUGGAGCCCCGUGGAGUUCUGCCCAUUGACGGACACACUCUGCUGGGCAUUCGGGCUUCAGAUGCUCAGUCUGUGCAGAUGGACAUUCAGCAGGUGAUGCUGUAUUGUGACCCCUCACUUGCCAUUCAAGAGGCCUGCUGCGAGAUACCAGGGGCUCGGUGCCCACCUGAUGCUCCCAAGAGUCGACGUGCCGCUGAGAAUGACCUGUUAGAAAACACAUUUAACCAGAUAGUAAAUCAUGGUGGACUUCCUGGAUUGAAAGGGGAAAAAGGCGACCGGGGUGAUGGCUGUUCUGGCUCCCAUUCAGGUCCAUGCACAGAUGGAUCCAAGGGCCAGAAGGGAGAGAAAGGAGAAUCGGCACUGCCUGCCAACUGGGGCGAAGCAGUUGGGUACAAGGGAGAAAGAGGUCAGAAGGGAGAGAUCGGUUUACCGGGUCUCAGUGGCAUCCCAGGGAAGGACGGUCGAGCAGGGUCCGUCUGUGUAGUUGGCCCCAAGGGACAGAAGGGUACCCCAGGUAAGGUGGGUCCUGAGGGGUUGGCUGGGGAGCCAGGGCAGCCUGGACUCCCGGGCCUACCAGGAAUUGGAAAGCCAGGCCCCCCGGGCCCUCCUGGUGAACCGGGUGGUGAAAAAGGAGACAAGGGUGAUACAGGACCUGUGGGAGGAGAUGGAUUGCCUGGAGAUCCAGGACCAAGAGGACCAGGAGGAUCUAAAGGAGAGAAGGGUGACCCAUGCGAAGUGUGUCCUGUGCUGCCUGCAGACAUAGGCAACACAGUGGCUCUGCAAGGAAAACCUGGCCUUAAAGGAGAGGCUGGAAUACCAGGAGAGAGAGGACUGCCUGGGCUUGAUGGUACAGAUGGCAAGGCGGGACAGAAGGGAGAAACAGGAUCAGGAGGUGCCAAAGGAGAAAAGGGUGAGGCUUGUUCCGUGUGCCCCACUCUCGGAGAGUUACCCGCAAACCUGCUCCCAGGUAUCAUGACCCAAACCCUGCAGCCGAAGGGCCAGAAAGGAGAGUUUGGAGAGAAAGGGGAAAAAGGGGAAGCAGGAAAUGUAGGAUCACCUGGCCUUAAUGGAGAGAAGGGUGAUGCAGGGAGCAAAGGAGCUGAUGGUAAGCUGGGAAAACCUGGACCAAGGGGAUCCGGUGGCAAGGAUGGACAGAAAGGUUCAAAGGGAGAGCAAGGUGUGCCUGGUGUGGGUGUUCCUGGCCUUAAGGGUGAGAGGGGCGAGUGCGGUGUGUGCCAGCCAUCUGAGGUUGGCAGUGGACCCGCCAUCAUCAGAAUGCCUGAGGGAGAAAGAGGUGAACCAGGCCCCCCAGGGCCUGUUGGACCUCCAGGGCUCGGAGCCGAUGGCAAACAGGGCCCGCCAGGUCUGCCCGGUGCUGCAGGAGACAAGGGUGACCAAGGAGAGCCAGGGAAUAAGGGAGAUGACGGAACCCAUGGAGAACCAGGAUUGCCUGGAGAGCCUGGACGGGACGGACUGAUGGGCUUCAAGGGAGAGAAGGGUGAUGCCUGUACCAGCUGUCCAUCUCUGGGCACUGUAGUGGGUGAUGGUGUAGCUGUGCCAGGACCCAAAGGAGAGAGAGGAGACCCUGGUCCCCCAGGAGAAGGGAAGCCUGGCAGGAAUGGAAAACCAGGUUUACCAGGUGUGCAGGGUCCUCCUGGUCCCAAAGGAAUAAAGGGAGAAUCUGGAGCUGCAGGAGUUGGCCUUCCAGGACCACAAGGUGAAGAAGGACCAAGAGGGAUUCCAGGACCUGUAGGACCUCCUGGAACCAAAGGAUUGCCUGGCCCCGUUGGCCCUGCAGGGGAAAAGGGCUCAACAGGAGAUGUUGGGCUUCCAGGACCACAGGGGCCAAUGGGCACUGGAAUUACAGGGCCCCCGGGUAAAGAUGGAGCCCCCGGCUCCACAGGAUUACCAGGAUCUGACGGCAGACCUGGAUUUGAUGGAGCUAAAGGGGACAAGGGUGAACCUGGAGAGUGCAACUGCGUAAUGCCUCAGCACACGGGCAUAGGCGGACCUGGAGCUCCUGGAACUCUAAUAAACACGUGGCAGACCGGGCCUCAGGGGCCCCCAGGACCUCCUGGCCCCCCUGGCCCACCUGGGGCCCAUGGUGUAAUUGGAGUCCAAGGACCCCAGGGUAUCCCCGGAAACGACGGGAUACCGGGGAAACCGGGUUUGCCUGGAAACAGCAACCCUAUUGGACUGCAGCUGAAGCCGCUUCAAGACCCUCCUGUAGAAAAUGAUGAGGCUUGUACUGAGGGUUGUUCCCAUGGGUUGCCAGGGGUGCCAGGCACAAUUGGUGCCAAGGGAGAGAAAGGAGACCAGGGCAAGCCUGGUGUAACCCCCUUGGACAGCUGUGAGAGGUGUUUGGAGAGACUGCAGAGUGAACAGGCGACACAAACAGUGGAGGACCGAGCCUGCGCGGGAACACCUGGAGUUCCAGGAAUUCAUGGAUCACCAGGAAUAAAGGGAGAGCAAGGUUCACCAGGAGAGAGAGGCCAAAGUGGACCACCAGGAAUCAUGGGACCCCCUGGUUUCCCAGGUCCUCAAGGCCCAUCUGGUUUACCUGGUCAGCAAGGUGAGCGUGGGUCAUCUGGACUCCCGGGAAUGAAGGGCGAGCAGGGCCCGCCAGGGACAUCGGGAUAUCCAGGAACCAUGGGACCACCUGGACUGCCUGGACUGAAGGGUGAACGUGGAAGCUUGGGCAACACUGGUCUGAAAGGAGAAUCAGGUUCUCCUGGUACCCCUGGAUACCAAGGAAAGCCUGGCACACCGGGUAGUAAAGGAGACUCAGGAGGAGAAGGGCCUGUUGGACCCAAAGGGGAUCAGGGCUUCCAAGGGCAAUCAGGUUUCCCGGGACCACCAGGUAUACCAGGUCCCCCUGGCAAAACUGGAAGGGAAGGACUUCCUGGGCUCAAGGGUGAACAGGGCAAUAAUGGCAACCAAGGCUCUCAGGGACCAACUGGAGCCCCAGGCUCACCUGGCUCUCCAGGGCUGAUGGGCCCGCCUGGCAUUGAAGGACUGGAUGGAAAAGAUGGAAAACCAGGGCUGCGGGGAGAUACAGGCCCAGCAGGCCCAGCAGGACCACGAGGAAUCCCAGGAUUCAAAGGGAAAACUGGUCAUGUUGGCUUCCCUGGACAGAAGGGUGAACCUGGACCUACAGGUCCAAAUGGAUCACCAGGCAGACCAGGACAUGAUGGUGAUCCCGGAACCCAAGGAGCUCAGGGACGACCUGGACCCCCUGGCCACGUUGGUUCUAUCGGUCCAGCUGGACCUCCAGGACCUGCUGGUCCAUCAGGAGUGGGAAUAAAGGGAGAUAAGGGCCAGGCUGGAGAGAGGGGUCCUCCAGGAAUGGGUGGACCUCCAGGAUCACCCGGGUACCCAGGGUCCAUGGGAGAACCAGGCAGUGAUGGCCCUCCUGGUAAAGAUGGAGUGGCAGGCAUACCAGGGGAUAACGGACAGGUUGGUCAAAAGGGAGAGCCAGGGUCUGCGGGCCAGAGGGGACCUCCCGGGGAGAGAGGUAGACCGGGGCCCCCUGGUGGUGGAUUAGGAUACCACUCCAAAGCUGAACAGCCCAUGAUUGGCCCAGCCGGACCCAGAGGAGAGAGGGGAAGCCCAGGCUCAGCGGGAACCCCCGGCCCUCCUGGACCUUCAGGCAUACCAGGAAAUGAUGGUGUAGUCAAUUAUGAUGAGAUCAAGAACUUCAUCCGCCAGCAGGUCGUUAAGAUUUUUGACGAGAGAAUGGCCUACUACAUGUCUCGCAUGCAAAUGCCAGAGUCGGUAGCAUCCCCAGGUCGGCCUGGGCCCCCAGGGAAAGACGGUGUUCCUGGUAAUCCUGGAACCCCAGGGGCACCUGGUCUCCCGGGACAAAUAGGCAGACAAGGCCGGCCAGGAUCUCUAGGACCCCCAGGACCACGAGGACCCAAUGGAGAAAAAGGAGAUAAGGGUGUUGGGGAGAUGGGAGAUGUUGGACCUCCAGGAGCACCAGGUGUCCCAGGACCCCAAGGCUAUGGUAAAAUGGGACCCCCAGGCCCUGUUGGCCAGCAGGGCGUUCCUGGAGUCCCAGGCCCUCCUGGGCAGCCUGGUACGAAGGGACAUGAUGGCCGGUGUAAUCCUGGAGACUGUAGGAGCCAUCAAGUAGAGUACAGCCCCAAGGGCCCACCUAUGAAGGGCCCCUGGUAGAGGGCUAAAGGUGAAAGGUGACAAAGACCAUGACCCAAAGUUGUUCAAUCUGACCACGAGAUGAAAAAAAGGACCUGCUUUGUUGUUGAUUUGUAUAGAUUUAGCCUCACAGAUUUCUACUGUAGUUCUGUGCAAAAAUCCACAAUUCUUUUCUAAGGACCCCGCUGGAACUGAGGCCUGAAAAGACAGACCGGCAGCACUUUUUUACUGCGUCACUCUUUUUCCCUGUGAAUGCUAAUUCAUUGACACAUUACUGACUCUUAUUUGGUCUCACCUCUUUUCUUCCUGCUUCCCCUGUCACUGUGUUUCACUCCUUUGUACAUUUUCAAACAACCCAGAGGAGGUGACAAGAAUCACAAUCAGUAUUUUCUUCUCCUUGAUUAAGUCUGGCCUUUUCUUUUUCUUUCUUCUGUAGAAUCUGUAGAAAGAGAACACACAAUUAUUGUGGCACUUUGCUUCCACCUCUAAUAUCUUUCUUUCCUUCUCGCAAAAUCAGAUUCGGACUGCAUCCUAUGCAUUUCUAAUAUUUUGUCUCAAUGCUUGAGGGGUGAUAUAAAGUAUUUGAAUUUGAUUUGUAAGAAAAUAAUCCCAGAAAUCGAUUUUACCUCUGUAGAAACAGAUGUCAAAAAUGUGCAUUCAUACCCUGUUUGAUUGAUUGACUGUUUUGUAUAUAUUUAUAUUUAUAUAUAGUGGCUUUUUAUACUUUUUCAAAACAUUUACUAAAAGGCAUAAGUAUGGCUAGGCAAUUAAUUUUCAUGGUCAAUGGAAAUACCGCAAAUAAAAAAGCCAAAGGGAUGUUUUUUUCUGAGGUCUAUAAGCUUUAAAAAAGGAAUCAUGUGUUUAGUAAAAGACAAAUUAUUUAUAGAAGAAAAUUGCGUUUACGUGAGAAAGCAUAUUGGCUUUUGUAAUUAUGCUAGAGUUCAUUUUGUGUCAUUUUAACUCCAGGCUUUUUUUGGAAUUACAGCCAUUUUAAACCAUUGUCUGAUUUUGUAUUCCAAAGUUUUAUUCCACUUGUUCAAGAAAAUAUGAGCAAUAAUUGAGCCCAGGUACAUAAGGACGACGAAAAUAUAAUAUAAUGCAUCACAAACUGCUUACUGUAUUUUUGGGUUAUCUGUUUUUUAUGUUGUAUAUGGAAGUCUAUGGAGUUAUAAAUCAUUUCCAUAGUUAAACCCUCACUUGAAGAACCUCUGGUUUAGAACUGUCAGCUGUGGUCACACUUUGUUUCUAACAAGCACACCCAUGCAAAAUGUUGAAGUUAAAACUGAAUGAAAUUGUUGUUCAAAGAGGCUGCAUCACAUUGUCAAAUCAUUGUCAAAUCAGUGUUCUCAUCAACUCUCCAGCCUGUGUAUAUGUUGUUUUGUGUCAUAUGUUGUUGUUGUCCAACCCAUCAUGUGCCUUACAUAUGCUGUUUUAUUAAACAUUUGAGGAAAAGAAAAAAAGAUACAUUUU